GAGAGCUUAUCAACAUUUACUCAAUUGCUAAAUAGCGGAGGGGAGGUGUUGUUUAUCUCAAGGAUGGAGUAGGUCAAGGUUCGAAAGUGAUUGGUUGGUAUAAAUACUGGCAGAUGUCAGUAUCUCACAGCUACACGAGGUGCAAGUCUACAGAUCAUACCAACAUGGAUUAUGAAUGUCACUGCUGUACCGCUGACUACAGUAAAGGACAGUCAAACGCCAUCCUCUUCAACAUCCUCAGUCGUCCCGAACCCGCUGACGUGGAGCCGAACUACGGUUGGGUUCCUCACGCCUGCCACUGUGAGAAACGCAGGACGGUGUGUUUGAAAACACCGGACGAGACGUGUCAGGUGGCUUCGGGUGUGCUGGUCAAGACCAUGCACUUUAUGAGGAGCUUGCCUGCGUUCCAGCAGCUGCCGCCCAAAGAUCAGCUGUCCCUGCUUCAGAACUGCUGGGCACCGCUUCUCAUUCUGGGUCUGGCCCAGGACCGAGUCCGUUUCGAGGUCUGCGACACUCCCGCGCCCAGCAUGCUUCAACAAAUUCUUCUUAAUCGCCAGGACCCCGACCGCGAGCAGCCCACCCUGGCCGGCGUGCAGAAGCUCAAAGCGUGUCUGAAGAAGUUUAGGAGUCUGGAUUUAAGCCCCAAGGAGUACGCUUACCUGAAAGGCAUCAUCAUAUUCAAUCCCGACGUGCCGGGCCUGAAAGCGUCUCUGUUUGUUGAGGGUUUGCAGUAUGAAGCUCAACAGGCCCUAAAAGAAGUUUUGGUUCCUCUUCAUCCGGAGGACACGGGACGAUUUGCCCGCGUGCUUCUGGCCGCUUCCACUCUGAAGCUCAUCCCUCCUGGUCUCAUCACAGAGCUUUUCUUUCGGCCCGUCAUCGGUCAGGCAGAUCUUCUGGACCUGUUGAUUGAUAUGCUGUUCACCAGAUAGUGAACCAAAAACCUUCGGACUGAAUAUAUAUAUCUGUGUUCUCCAGCGAUGAGAAGGGGUUACAGCUGAAAUAUUUCGUUACACGUUUUGGCACAAUCUGUCAUUGUUUACACACCUUUAUGAAAUUACUGCACCUUUGUAACAUGAUGUUUAGGUCACAAGUAUGUGAUUUAUUUUCUCUUUUUUAUAUCGAUUGUUUUUGAACAUGUUUGUUUUGUAUAGGAAUGGUUUGUGACAUUAGCAGGUUUGUCUUUCUCCUCAAAAGCCUGUAGUAAAUAUCUCUAGAGAUAACCGGAGGUGCAUAUUUUGUCUCUGUGAGAAAACUAACUUGAUUGAUCCAUGUUUGAGGAAAACAUCUGUA